AUGCACGCCGUGCUUGGCAUUUUAACUUUAAUUCUAGGUUGGCGCUCCGAGGCCUCUAUAAUCAGAAAUCCAUGGGGACCUGGUUCCCAUUCAGAUAGCUACCAGCAUGUAUUAGACCAACAGCAUUCCCUGGAAGUACCCAAAUGGUCCACUCCUGCAGCCGCACUAUCAAAGACACAUCAUCAUCAUCGCCCCCGCGCUGGCUUUGUGGCCCUGGGCGACUCUUAUAGCGCUGGCAUUGGCACUGGCGUCGACGGGGCCGAAGACGAAUGCCGGCGAGGGCUGCAUGCCUAUCCGGCGCUCAUUGCCAAAGAUCUCUCAGCCAGUCAAGGCGGGCUCAACAACACAUCAUUUCAGUUCUUGUCAUGCACGGGUGCGACGACAAAUGAGCUGCUGCUGGCCAGCCCAGAGAGUCAAAUCAAUAAUCUAAAUGGCUCGCUACCCGUCGACUUUGCGCUCAUGUCGGUGGGAGGAAACGACCUGGGAUUUUUUGAAGUCAUGAAUGCGUGUAUAUUUCGUUUCUACAACUUCUACUCGGGCACCUGCGAGUCAGCGCUAGAGCACGCCCAGGAAAGAUUGAAUGGGACCGAGUUUGAGGAGCGACUGCGCAUAGCCAUAUUGGAAUUACUAAACAGGGUAAAGUGGGAAAAGAAACCUUGGUUCUUCAUUACCGUAACCGGCUACGCGCGCUUCUUCAACGACCAGACCCCCGAAUGCGACGAAAUGAGUCUCGGGGUGUGGUGGCGUGGGCCGAAGCUGCAGCGGGAGCUCAGAGUCAGAAUGAACAUCAUGGUCCAGGCAGUAAACGAAAAGAUCAAGGCAACAGUCGCCAAGAUCAACUCGCAGUUCGCCGGGAUCAAGGUCUUGUUUGUCGACUACGACAGCGAGUUUGAAGGCCACCGCUUCUGCGAGCCCGGCGUCGUGGAGCCCGACUAUCAGAGAAAUGACACAUACUUCUUCCUCGUUGGCGGGCCCGACAAUGCGAGGAACGACACAUCUCUAUCACAAAAGGCGCAGCCUGAUGUUCUUCCGCUCCAUUCAGAUUUGGUGGAUCCGCGUACAUGUCUCGAGCCGGCCACUCGCUCUGGAGACUGGGGGUUGCUGGCCCUUUGCUACAUGGCCAUGUCAAAAGCAGAGGACUCGACGCUGAGACAUGCCCAUACAGAAGUCGUUGCUGAGAACUCAAUGUGGUAUGUUCCGACGUAUUACGGGAAAACAUUCCAUCCCCGGACCCUCGGACACGAGAUAAUCAGGGACAAAAUUUACAAUCUAUGGCAUGAACUGGGCUUGUGA